CGCGUUUCUUUCUAAAUGCAAGGCAACAGGCAAGCUUACUUACUGGUUAAGUAGUGAUAAUAAAACCUCGUCGAUCUAAACCCUCAUCCAAGAACGGUUAUAUUCAACGCACACAACAGUGUUCGCGAAAAGCCAUGGCUAGGGUUCGCGACAACUGGGAGAGGCUCGUUCGAGCGACGCUUAACAGGGAGCAGCUGAGGAAUGCCGGCCACGGCCAUGCCAGAGUUGGCAGUGGCAUCGCCGGCGCUGUUCCUCCUUCGCUCGCUCAGACCACCAACGUAGAUUUGAUCUUACAGGCCGCUGAUGAGAUUCAAUCGGAGGAUCCUAACGUCGCCAGGAUCUUGUGUGAGCAGGCAUAUAGUAUGGCUCAAAAUCUUGAUCCCAACAGUGAUGGUAGGGGAGUUCUUCAGUUCAAGACUGGUUUAAUGUCUGUAAUUAAGCAAAAACUUGCUAAGAAGGAUGGAGCCCGGAUUGAUCGCAAUCGCGACAUGGAAAACCUGUGGGAGUUUUAUCAACGCUACAAGCAACGUCAUAGAGUGGAUGACAUUGAACGAGAAGAGAAAAGAUUGCAAGAAUCUGGAACUUUUAGCUCUACACUGGGAGAGUUGGAAGUUAGAUUGUCAGGCAUGAAAACGGUUAUUGCCACACUACGUGCCUUAGUGGAGGUCAUGGAGGCGCUUAGCAAGGAUGCUGAUCCUAGUGGAGUUGGAGGGCUCAUAAUGGAGGAGUUGAGAAAAAUAAAAAAGUCAAGUGCGACAUUAUCUGGAGAGCUGACACCAUACAAUAUUGUUCCUCUAGAAGCACCGUCAUUAACAAAUCCUAUCAGAAUUUUCCCAGAAGUUAAGGCAACAAUAUCUGCAAUUAGAUAUACUGAACAGUUCCCCAGACUUCCUGCUGUAUUCAAAGUAUCUGGACAAAGGGAUGCAGACAUGUUCGAUCUUUUGGAAUUUGUGUUUGGUUUCCAGAAAGAUAAUGUUAGGAACCAGCGUGAAAAUGUUGUUUUGAUGAUAGCAAAUGUGCAGUCUCGACAUGGCAUACCUGCUGAAACUGAUCCAAAAAUAGAUGAGAAAACAAUCAAGGAUGUCUUCUUGAAGGUGCUAGAUAAUUAUAUCAGAUGGUGCAAAUACUUGCGAAUUCGUCUUGCAUGGAAUAGUUUGGAGGCAAUUAAUCGGGAUAGGAAGCUUUUUUUGGUUUCCCUGUAUUUUCUUAUUUGGGGUGAAGCUGCAAAUGUCCGUUUUCUUCCAGAGUGCAUUUGCUAUAUAUUCCACCAUAUGGCAAAAGAGUUGGAUGCUAUUUUGGAUCAUGGAGAAGCUGAACCUGCUGUCAGCUGCUUAACCGAUGAUGGUUCUGCGAAAUUUCUGGAGAAAAUAAUUUUUCCGAUAUAUGACACACUAGCUAAAGAAGCUGCUAGAAAUAAUAAUGGGAAAGCUGCACAUUCUGCAUGGAGGAAUUAUGAUGACUUCAAUGAAUACUUUUGGUCGCCUGCUUGUUUUGAGUUACACUGGCCAAUGAAGAUGGAUUCAUCAUUCUUACUGAAACCAAACAAAAAGAAAAGGACUGGUAAAAGCAGUUUUGUUGAGCAUAGAACAUUUCUUCACCUGUAUCGAAGUUUCCAUCGUCUUUGGAUAUUCUUGGCAUUAAUGUUUCAGGCCUUGACAAUAAUUGCUUUCAACCAUGGACAUAUCAACUUGGAUACUUUUAAAAUAGUACUUAGCAUUGGGCCAUCAUUUGCAAUAUUGAAUUUCAUCAAGAAUUGCUUAGAUGUGUUGCUUACAUUUGGGGCGUACACCACUGCAAGGGGUAUGGCUGUUUCAAGGCUGGUUAUAAGGUUUUUUUGGGGUGGCUUGAGUUCUGCGUUUGUAACUUAUGUUUACCUGAAGGUUUUGCAGGAGAGGAAUAGUCAUAACUCUGAUAAUUCAUUCUAUUUCCGGAUAUACCUUCUUGUUCUGGGUGUUUAUGCAGCUUUACGUCUAUUCCUUGCGCUGUUGCUCAAAUUUCCGGCCUGUCAUGCACUUUCUGAAAUGUCGGAUCAAUCAUUCUUUCAGUUUUUUAAGUGGAUUUAUCAAGAACGGUACUUUGUUGGACGUGGUCUUUACGAGAAGAUGAGUGACUACUGUAGGUAUGUGGUUUUCUGGUUGGUGAUACUUGCCUGCAAAUUUACUUUUGCAUACUUUCUCCAGAUUAGACCUCUUGUCAAACCUACCAACAUUAUUGUGGAUCUUCCAUCUCUUACUUAUUCGUGGCAUGAUUUGAUCUCAAAGAAUAAUAACAAUGCCUUGACCGUAGUUAGCUUGUGGGCUCCUGUUGUGGCUAUUUAUCUGAUGGAUAUUCACAUUUGGUACACUGUCAUGUCAGCAAUUGUUGGUGGUGUAAUUGGUGCACGAGCUCGGCUAGGCGAGAUACGUUCAAUUGAAAUGGUGCAUAAACGUUUUGAGAGUUUCCCAGGUGCAUUUGUAAAAAAUUUGGUCUCCCCACAAACACAAAGGAUGACCUUCCCUGGACAAUCAACUCAGGAUUCUCAGGAUACGAACAAAGCAUAUGCUGCCAUGUUUGCUCCAUUUUGGAAUGAGAUAAUUAAAAGCCUGCGUGAGGAAGAUUUUAUUAGCAAUAGGGAAAUGGACCUACUUUUUAUUCCUAGCAAUGCAGGAAGUCUGAGAUUAGUGCAAUGGCCUUUGUUUCUUCUAAGCAGUAAGAUCCUGUUGGCGGUUGAUUUGGCUUUGGACUGCCAAGAUACACAGGCAGAUCUGUGGAGCAGGAUAUGUAGGGACGAAUAUAUGAAAUAUGCAGUUCAAGAGUGCUAUUACAGUAUUGAAAAAAUUUUGUAUUCGUUAGUUGAUAACGAAGGAAGACUUUGGGUGGAAAGAAUUUUUCGUGAGAUCAAUAAUAGUAUAGAAGAGGGUUCACUUGUUCUAACCUUGUCUCUUAAGAAGCUUCCGCUUGUUUUAUCAAGACUUACGGCAUUGACUGGACUCCUGAUUCGAAAUGAUCCCGAACUUGCAAAAGGUGCUGCAAAAGCUGUAUUUGAGCUGUAUGAUGUUGUUACUCAUGACCUGGUGUCCUCAGAUUUAAGGGAGAAUCUUGAUACAUGGAACAUUUUAGCUAGAGCCAGGGAUGAGAGACGACUUUUUUCUAGGAUACAAUGGCCUAAUGAUCCAGAAAUUAAAGAGCUCGUGAAGCGGUUGCAUCUUCUUCUUUCUGUAAAGGACUCUGCUGCUAAUGUUCCAAAAAAUCUUGAAGCCAGGAGAAGAUUAGAGUUUUUCACAAAUUCAUUAUUUAUGGACAUGCCUUCAGCAAAGCCUGUUAGUGAAAUGUUGCCAUUCAGUGUUUUCACCCCAUACUAUAGUGAAACUGUGCUUUAUAGUACUUCUGAAUUGCAAAAGGAGAACGAAGAUGGAAUAUCUAUUCUUUUCUAUCUUCAAAAGAUAUAUCCAGAUGAAUGGGACAAUUUUCUCGAACGAAUUGGUCGAGGAGUGUCCACUGGGGAUGAAGAACUUCAAGAAAGUUCCAGUGACACUUUGGAGCUUCGUUUUUGGGCAUCUUAUCGAGGGCAGACUCUAGCUAGGACAGUGCGUGGUAUGAUGUAUUAUAGGAGGGCUUUAAUGCUGCAGAGCUAUCUGGAGAGCAGAUCUCGGGGAGUGGACAGUUAUUCUCAAAACAACUUCAUCACAAGUCAAGGUUUUGAAUUAUCACGUGAAUCAAGGGCACAAACAGAUUUGAAGUUUACUUAUGUUGUGUCAUGCCAAAUUUUUGGUCAACAAAAGCAGCGGAAGGCACCAGAAGCUGCUGAUAUUUCUUUAUUGUUACAGAGGAAUGAGGCACUCCGCGUUGCUUUCAUUCAUGUCGAUGAAAGUACAACCGAUGCAAACACCCCAAGAGUGUUUUAUUCAAAGCUUGUCAAAGCCGAUAUCAAUGGAAAAGAUCAGGAAAUAUAUUCUAUUAAACUUCCUGGGGAUCCUAAGCUUGGUGAAGGAAAGCCUGAAAACCAAAACCAUGCUAUAAUUUUCACUCGAGGUGAUGCCGUUCAAACUAUUGACAUGAAUCAGGACAAUUAUCUUGAGGAGGCAAUGAAAAUGAGAAAUCUUCUUGAGGAGUUCCAUGCAAAUCAUGGCCUUCACGCUCCAAGCAUUCUUGGAGUGAGGGAACAUGUAUUUACGGGAAGUGUCUCAUCCUUGGCUUGGUUCAUGUCAAAUCAAGAAACUAGCUUUGUAACCUUGGCCCAACGUGUUUUAGCAUAUCCUCUCAAAGUUCGCAUGCACUAUGGGCACCCAGAUGUAUUUGACAGAAUAUUUCACAUAACUCGAGGAGGCAUUAGUAAGGCAUCACGUGUUAUUAAUAUUAGUGAAGAUAUAUAUUCUGGCUUCAAUUCUACUUUGCGGCUGGGAAAUAUCACACACCAUGAAUACAUUCAGGUUGGAAAAGGAAGGGAUGUUGGGUUAAAUCAGAUUGCCCUCUUUGAAGGGAAAGUGGCAGGUGGUAAUGGAGAGCAAGUGCUUAGCAGGGAUGUUUACAGGCUUGGACAACUUUUUGAUUUCUUCAGAAUGCUUUCUUUCUACUUCACAACUGUUGGUUAUUAUGUCUGCACUAUGAUGACAGUCCUCACAGUAUAUAUAUUCCUAUAUGGACGAGCAUACCUGGCAUUCUCUGGUCUUGAUGAAGCUGUCUCAGAGCAGGCAAAACUUAUGGGUAACACAGCACUUAAUGCAGCUUUGAAUGCUCAAUUUUUGGUCCAGAUUGGCGUUUUUACUGCAGUACCAAUGAUAAUGGGUUUUAUACUUGAAUUGGGAUUACUGAAGGCUAUUUUCAGUUUCAUCACAAUGCAACUUCAAUUGUGUUCCGUCUUCUUCACAUUCUCAUUGGGAACUAAAACUCAUUAUUUUGGGCGUACUAUUCUACACGGGGGUGCAAAAUACCGAGCAACUGGUAGGGGUUUUGUUGUCCGUCACAUAAAGUUUGCUGAAAAUUACAGACUAUAUUCUAGGAGCCACUUUGUCAAAGCGCUUGAAGUAGCACUCCUCCUUAUAGUUUACAUUGGAUAUGGGUAUGCCGAGGGAGGUGCUGUUACAUAUAUUUUGCUAACUAUUAGCAGUUGGUUCCUUGUCAUUUCUUGGCUUUUCGCCCCUUACAUUUUCAAUCCAUCCGGGUUUGAGUGGCAAAAGACUGUGGGAGAUUUUGAUGAUUGGACAAAUUGGCUUCUUUACAAAGGAGGAGUAGGAGUAAAGGGAGAUAACAGUUGGGAGUCUUGGUGGGACGAAGAACAGAUGCAUAUCCAAACUUUGAGGGGUCGUAUCUUGGAGACAGUUUUGAGUGCGAGGUUCUUCCUGUUUCAAUAUGGUAUUGUGUAUAAGCUGCAUCUUACUGGAAAAGAUACAUCACUUGCGAUAUAUGGAUUCUCAUGGGUUGUCUUGGUUGGAAUUGUCUUGAUAUUUAAGAUCUUUACCUACAGCCCGAAGGAAUCUGCCGAUUUUCAGCUAGUAUUGCGAUUUUCACAGGGAGUUGCGGCUGUAGGCCUUGUUGCAGCUGUGUGCCUUGUUGUUGCCUUUACUGGACUGACAAUAGCUGACCUUUUUGCAAGCAUCCUUGCAUUUAUCCCUACCGGAUGGGGAAUAUUAUCUUUGGCAAUCGCAUGGAAGAGGAUAGUUUGGAGUCUCGGCUUGUGGGAUUCUGUUCGUGAGUUUGCUAGAAUGUAUGAUGCCGGAAUGGGGAUGAUCAUUUUUGCGCCAAUAGCGUUUUUAUCGUGGUUUCCAUUCAUUUCCACUUUCCAGUCUCGCCUUCUCUUUAAUCAAGCCUUCAGCCGUGGUCUUGAAAUCUCCCUCAUCCUUGCUGGAAAUAAAGCUAACGUUGAGGCUUAACUCUUUUCGUCUUUUACAUUGUUGUGAUCCCGCAGGGCUUGUAUAUUUGAGAUGUGUAUUAUUUUUUUAGUAUAGGGUUCACUUUGACUUUUGAGAUGUGUAUUAUUUUUUUAGUAUAGGGUUGACUUUGACUUGGUUGUACAUUUAAUUUAAGAAAGAAUGAAAGCUGCAACUUUUAAAUGGUCUUUGUACUAGGUUUGCAUGGCUCCGCAGUUCA